CAGAAGUUUGCUGAUGUUAGAGAUUCUAUCUGCCUGUCAUCACCGUGAAUGAGCUCGUGGAACACCAGUGUCUAUGGGAACUACUGCUUUAGAAUAUUCAUUUUCAUCACCAGUGUUUUAUAAAAUUGUGGGUUUUUUAUAUUUUUAAAUAAUUCAUGAAUGUGCACAUUUCUGUCAUAAUACAGCUUUUCCGCAUCGUGUAUCAGAUGGUACUGAUGUUAUUGCAAAACGUGCACGCAAAUUCCCAUUGUACCUCGCUGGGCAAUUCGCAGUGCAACUAAAUCAAGCAACGUUGUUCUAAUGGUGACUAAAGGAUAUUAUGAAUGCAGGAACUAGUUUAUUUUAUUUUCAUAUUACUGUGUAACUCACAAGUUGGAAUGGUAAUAGUGUUAUAGAAUAUUGGUGGGAGUUGGGGCGAUUCGAAAUUUGUCAUUUGAAAGAUUGACGUAGAGUAUAAGAAUAGUAGCAUACUUAACGAAAAACUACAAAGGAAAAAUAAGUGACAGUGAUGCAACAAUUUAGGAAGGUUUAUUCAGGACCAGGGAACAACUUUUAGAAUUGUUUCUUUUUUAUGGUUUUUACACGCCACGAUAAGAAUGCUACGCAACGUUGGCUGCAAUGUAAACACUGCAAAACACAUUUAUUUUUGCUCCGUCGAGAAGGCGGUGGUAUAUUGACAGAAGACAGGUGUUAGGGUGUGUAACCAACAUAAGCAAGUAACCAUACGUUUGCUAAUGUAAUGCAUUUAGUUUUACCAACACACAAAUGAAAAAUUCAAAGGAAGUCAUUAGCACCUGUGUCAUCUACGUGACUGAAUUGUAAGAACAUCACAUACAAGGCAGCCUGCUAGGAGUGGAAUAAUGGCAGAUCUUACACCUCUGCAGCCAGUUAAAUGUGUUGUCGCCAGGAACAAUGGCUUCAGGCAGAGGGUAUGGAAGUCUCAAUAAGCAUGUCGCAUUAGCACAUGGACUUAAUCCAGGUAUUGCAACAACAGCAAAAGCAGCCAAAUUUAGAAAAGAAGAAAGACAGCCAUUACUCUUGAGCAGCACAGAACCCCUUAAUGACACGUAUGAUAAAGGGAUAAUUCCAAGGCCUGAUCUCCGAACAUCUCCUGACAGCAUGAUAGUUCAUCUCCCAGGUCCACUGGAGUCUGGUGGUGCAGUAGAUAUAAAGCCAUUAUAUGGAGACAGCACAGGAGAUAGUAUUUACAAUCCAAUUCUCAACCGAGAGUUGGAACAUCCUACCUCGAACUUGGAUACAAUGAUUCAUUUGUUGAAGGGGAAUGUAGGAACUGGAAUUCUGGCUAUGCCAGAUGCAUUUAAAAAUGCAGGUCUUGUUGUUGGAACUGUGGGAACACUACUCCUGGGUGUAAUCUGCACCCAUUGCAUGCACAUGCUGGUUAAAUGCUCUCAUGAAUUGUGUCAAAGGACCCAGGUUCCAGCCUUGGGCUUCUCUGAAGUAUGUGAGACUGCAUUCAAGACUGGACCGCCAAAUGUACGAAAAUACUCUAAAGCUGUGAGGAUUAUUAUUAAUAUAUUCCUCUGCAUUACUCAGCUUGGAUUCUGCUGUGUUUAUUUUGUUUUUGUGGCGGCCAACUUAGAAGAGGUUAUGAAACAUUUCUUUGGCCUCAAGCUGACUGUACAUUACUACCUGCUGAUGCUAUUGUUUCCUAUGAUACUGUUGAACUGGGUGAAGAACCUCAAGUACCUCACCCCUGUCUCACUAUUUGCUGCUGUUAUCACUGUGACAGGGCUUGGUAUCACCUUCUUCUACAUGCUACAGGGUCUUCCUCGCACUUCCACUGUUAAGGCCUUUGCUGGUUGGAAGCAUCUGCCACUUUAUUUUGGCACUGCCAUAUAUGCCUUUGAGGGCAUUGGUGUGGUUUUGCCUCUGGAAAACAAUAUGAAAAAUCCUCAAGACUUUGGUGGUUGGACAGGAGUCCUUAACACAGGAAUGGUGAUUGUCGCAGCUCUAUAUACAUCAGUUGGAUUCUUCGGUUAUUUGAAGUAUGGUGAAAGGGUUUUAGGCAGUAUCACUCUUAAUCUCCCACCAAAUGACAUUUUAGCUCAGUCUGUGCGUCUGAUGAUGGCACUAGCGAUAUUCCUGUCAUAUGGACUACAGUUCUAUGUUCCCAUGAACAUCAUUUGGCCAUUGGUCAGGCCCUACCUGCAGAGUGAGCGAGCGCAGAUGUUUGGUGACUAUCUCAUCAGAACAUGUCUUGUGGUGUUCACAUUUGCCCUCGCUGCUAUGAUUCCAAACUUGGGAGCAGUUAUUUCACUAGUUGGAGCAGUGAGCAGUUCUACUCUGGCUCUCAUCUUUCCCCCCAUCAUUGAGAUUAUCACUUUUUGGCACAAAGGAUUUGGAAAGCAUAACUGGAUCCUUUGGAAGGAUAUUUUCAUCAUGAUCUUUGGUCUCUUAGGUUUUAUUUUUGGUUCAUAUGUCAGUAUUUUGAAUAUUGUCCAUUCUGAAACAGAUUUAGACACCUAAUAUUUAGGCUAUUAAGUUUUAAGGUCAUGGUGCUUGUAAGAGCACCCAAAUGUAAGAACGUAUGCCACGGAAAACUAAAAAGUGUAUAUUAGAUUUUAUGUUGGCAUUUAGGACUUUAGUCCAAUUUAAAUUGACAUUCCUUCAUAAGUAUUUGUGUCUGAAAUGCUUUUUGAUGUUUUGAAUUGGUUUAAUUAUGAACUGGAAGUGGAAUUCACAACAGACCAAUCCAAAAGAUUCCUGUCAGUCAUUUCCGUCUGUUUUAAGUCCACUUCAAACUCAUGAAUAUAAAAAAGUUUGUUAGCUUGGUAUAAAAGAGAAAGAUUCAGUGCUCUGUGUCCAUGACAUUCAGCAUCUCAUUUUGAAAUUUAGUAAUUUAUAUCCAGCUUGGAAUUUUGAUGAUUAAUUCAUCAAAUGGCACCUGAAGAUAAAGGAACAGAUGAAGGAAUGUUCAUUUAACUAUGAAGAAAGACUGUCAAGAUGUGAGGUUAUUGACAGCAACAGGAAUGGUGUCCUGUACUAAGAUAGAUUGUGGACAUUUUUAAUAUAAGAUAUCUCCAGUGAUAUCGUGGUUAUAAUAUUCCUUAAUGUAUUGUCAUCUUCCAUAAGCCUGUGAUAAUGUGUCAGCUUGUAUUUAUCGUUAGCAGUUGUACAAAGGCUUAUUUUAAUGACGUUGUGCCAAAGGUCAAUUGAAGUACAAUAAUAUGGAAAUUAACGUAACAUUUUGAAAGCUGAUACAUGUGUCUGAGGGAAGCAAAAUAAUUAUGUGAAAACAAAACUAAUAUGGCAGUAUUUAUGCUACUCGUCUUUUUUAUCUCAAAAUUUGUUAUAUAGCUAUAAUAGUCGAGAGAGCAGAUAGAAUCUCUCGGUUAAAAUGAAUUAUUUAUAAAAAUAUUGUAAGUUAUAAAUAUAUUGUAAAAUAUGUUGAAUAUGAUGAGCUGUUUCUGGUAUAAGAAUCCACCACUACAUAAAAGAAUGAUUAACUCUGAAAUUAUUAACAAUACAGCAAAUGAUUUAACCAAGACCUGAUAGUUUAAUAUAAAAAUGGUAAUGUUAUUGGUACUUAAUGUGCCUGUCAUAUUGAGUUGUAUCAGUAAUUGCUGUUUUUAAAUACAUUUGUUUCAGUAUGCAUUGAAUAAUGAGAAGAAUGUAUUAAUAAUGAGCAAAAAAUGUUUAAAUCUGGAGUCUGAAGGAUAUUGAUGGAAUUUGAUAUAUGCAUGUAAAAGCAUACUGAAAAUCCUCAAUCUCUAUCAGUAAUGUUAGUGUCUGUAUAAUAGUUUCAAAGUUGCAUACCUUAGAUUGCCUUGUAUACAGAUAUAGUAUUCAAAUUUUAUAGUAGUUGUACCUUUUUAACUGAAGAUGACUUUCAUGGUUUCUUGUAUUUUUGUGAUUAAAAUGAUUAAAUAUUGUUAUAAUGUAUUUGUGGAUUCUUAUAUUGGUUAACAUAGUUUUAUAAUCAAUUGAAAUUGUUCACAGUUAAACCAAAAGGUACAUGUAAUUCAUUGCUACAAAUUGUGUUGACUCUCUAUAUUAGAGAUGCUUGACUUUGUGUCAUGCCCACAAAGGAGUUUAUUUUUUCUGCAUUAUGAAUGUCUUUAUUAACUUAUUUUUUGUUUAGCCAUUUUUAUUUCUGUGCAUAGAUGUGAUAUUUAGCUGUGGAAUAUUGUGAAUUUUCUUGUGGUAUUUUAACUGUACAAUUAUCAGAUAACAAUAUAAUCCAUAAACUGCCAGUGACAGAAUUUUCAGCUCGCUGAAAACAAUUUACUGGAAUGUUCUUCAAACAGUAUGUAAUUGAAUAAUUCUGGAAAUAAUUUUCUUGAAUCUUGCAAAAUUUUAGGAAUAUGUUGUAUAUUAAGUGAUUUUUACACUUACAUCAUAUUUUAUUACAUGUUCCAAAAAUGUACUUUAAAAUUUGUGUUAUAUUCUUAAGUGCAGUUCAGAGCCAUAACUUAAGAGUGUUAUCUUACAAAUUUUCAUACCAUAUAGAUAUUUAUUCAGAGCCUUACAAGCUAGCUUCCUUUCUACACUGUUUUAUAACAGGCACAUUUCAGUCCUCAUGGGACCAUCAUCAGUGUUCGCUUAUGUACUUGGUUCAGACCAUUCCACUAUAUAAAAUCACACAACUUUAAAGUUUCUAAAACUACCUAAUCAAAUGUCAUAUUAUAAAACUAAAUAACCACAACAAUCUAAAACAUACAGAUUUUUAAAAUGUAAAAUUAUACCAGGAUAGCAAAUUGUACAAUGAUUUUACUAAUUUUAAAUUUUAAGUAUCUAUAUUUGGUUUUACAAUGCAGUGUUUGAUAAGGUAGUUUUAGAAACAAUCAUAUUGUGUAAUUUUAAAUAGUGGAAUGGUCUGAGCCAAAUAUGUAAGUUAACACUGAUGAUGGUCCCAUGAGGACUGGAAUGCAUCUGUUGUAAAACAAAUAAACAGUGUCGAAAGGAAGUUGAUUUGUAGGAUUUUGUUGAGAUUGUUGUAACAACCGCAUUUUUAUACAGGCCUUUAUUUUGUAAAAUAUUAGCUGACAGUAUGGAAAAAGUGCUGGUAGUUGUAGGGUGAAAUUAAAUAAAUGGCUAUUGCCUUAGAAGUAUUAUUUUAAACUUUUAUAUUAGGUAGUAUGUGUGUAUAAUUAGAAAUUACUUGCAGGAUUAAUUAACUCUAUGAGGCAUGCUGAGUGGCUUUAUUCACAUUAGCUUCAUGGAGUAUUUAUAAGAGACAGCAUAAAUCUAAACAGAUGGAUAUAAUGUUUCUAAAGUCUUGCUUUAUCUGCCUUUGUUUUUUUUAAACUGCCCAUAUUUUGAUAAUGUAUUAAAAUAUCACAUUGCAACAAAACGCAUUUUCAAGAUUUGUGAACUCAGUAGUGAUUUGUAUAAGUGCAUUAUUAGUUAUGGAUAUUUUAUACUUUCAAAAUUAAAGGAAAUCUGAGCACAAAGAAACUGCAAAGCAUUCACUACAUAAGAAUGUGUUUAGAAAGAGGAAAUGUGUUUCAGUUCUGGACACUUCAAGCUGGUAAUGCUGUUUUAAUUCUUUACCAAAAGCAGGAUACAAUAUACCACUGAAACUAUCAUGUGGUUUAGAUUCCUCUAGCCGGUACUUCUCACACCAUAAGCUAUGAGUCACAUGACAUAUGUUUAGUUGGUCUUUAGAAUACAAGUCAAACAUGGCCACACAGUUAAUAGAAGGCUCCUGCACUUCAUAAGAAAGUUUUAGUAAAAAGUUUAGAAGAUGGAAAAAUAUAGUGAUACAUAGUGAGUUUGCUCCCACAUGAAUUUUUAUUCUUUCCUUGUACUCACAGUUACCUGUGCUGUGUAGAUAAAUUCACCUUGCAAACAAAAAGUUUCCUCCAUGUACCUCUCAUUUAAAACUUCACUUAUUGAAUUUCACUAUCCUUGUCUGAAAUAUGUUUCUGUUGUGAUGAACAGUGCUGCAAGCACUCUUUUUCCUAUUAUGUCAAUUCAAAAAAUGGCUUUGUGAUAAAAAAAUAAGCAUGUUGGAACAACCUGUGUCCAAGGCCUGUACUUUCCUUUUACUUUAUGUUCUUAUGUAUUUAACAUAUGCAGCAGUAUUCCCAUGCUCUUUUUUUCUUUUUUGCCAGGUAAAUUCUCAUGUCAUGCUACGUAUGUCAUCUGCUAUAAAUCUACAAUUUUAUUUAAAAUUUUUUUUUGUUUUUUACGUUUUUGGAAAGUACUGCCAAAAACUUUUUGUCAUUCAUUGGCAAGUUUUGUGUAGACAGGUAACAUGGGCUGAAUAUUAUUGAGGUAUUUAAAAACCUGUAUGACCUCCCACAACUUGCCAUUAUUCAUACUCGUCUGGCAUCGUGAUUUUCGUUAUGUUCUAUAUAGGGUUGACCAGUGAAAUAUUGGAAAGGAUGUGGGAAGACACUGUUGUGGCAUACUUUAAGGUAGUACCCAAGGAUUUGCCUGGCAUACUAAGGUACACAAUGGGAACUCUCAGUCAGGAUACUGGCCUCUGUGUCCAGAUUUUAACCAGAGACCUGGAUACGAAGCAAGAGUGCUAGCCUGUUUACCACAGAUUUGAUAAAAUAUUUUUGGAAAGUUCAUCUAUAAACAGUUUUAUUACUAUGUUGUGAUGUCAUGUAUAUUGUGUAUCUGAGACAUUUGAAACAUGUUGUUCUUCAGAAUCAGAAAAAGAAACUUUUCAGUCUCUCUAUAAUGCUAUGAUGAGAAAGUUUUACCAUGACAUUAGCAGCCAAACUAUUGAUUUUUAGAUUAUCAAAUUGAAGUUUGUAGAAUGCAAAAUGUCAUUUUUACCUAUUCAGGUCUUGGCUGUAAGCCUCACGUGUAACACAGUACAUUACGCAUAAAAUGGAACCAGUUUGCAUACAUCAAAAUUGAGAACAUCUUUUGUUAUAUUACACAGUCAGAAAAUUACAUACUCCUGGAUGUUAAUUAAAAUUCUGCAGCUGGAUAUUUAUCCCUUAGCCUAAUUAAAGGCUUAACUUGCAGAUAAAAUUUAGGUGCCUGUAUGUUAAGAGUUAAUUGCUGAAUACUAAAUAGUGAGCUUAUCUUAUUUAUUGAAUUUGUGGUGGUAAACAUGUAAUAUAGUGUUAGCUUAUUCAGUAAAACCAGUUUAAGGAUACCCUGUUAAGUAAAGAUUCCAUUAUCAUAUACUUUCAGAUCUCUUCCUAAGAGAUUUUCUCUGUUAAAAAAUGUUUACAGGUGUGUUACUAGAAAAUAUUUAUGGAAGGUUGUGCUGUAUUACAUAUAAUUAACUGAAGGCGAACUUCUAAGAAAAUAGAAUACAAAGUUUUUUUAAAAAAUUUGUAUUAGCCAGACUUUACUCUCUUUGCAAUUAAAUAAAAAAGUGUAUAAUUUAUUUCCAUUUUGGUUAAAUAAAUUUGUUGCAAUAUUAUAAUGGAAGAAUAUUUUAGAAUGGAAAAAUGUUACUUUUGAUGUUGGAAUUUAAUUUUGGCAAAGUUCUGUUCAUUAAAAACUGGAGAAAGUAUGAUUCUUCACAAAGUAAGGUCAGCUAACAGUGAUUUGUGCAUGUUUCUAAAUAAUUUGAUGUGUGUGUGUAUAUAACAGAAUAUUAAAGAGAAAAAUGUGGAUAAAUCAUUCAGAACUGCUGGCAGUUAAAUUUGAUAGGUAUGUUGCUUUUAGAUUAAAUGUUUAGACAAUAAAUAAUAUUUUGUAAUAUAUAUGGUACUUGUGUUCAGUUACAAUAGAUGGACACUGUUUUGAUAUAUAUGUACUUGAUAUUAAUUGAUUUGUGUACUGUUGCAGGUUACUCCUAAUUAAUUCAUUACAGCAAUGAUAAUUUAAGACAUUUUAAUUUGUAAAAACAUGAAAAAAGUGUUCUGUCAGUGUUCCAUAAAGCUAAAAUAUAAUUACAUUAAUGUGAAUCCUGAAAAUAUGUAUCAAAAUCUGUGCUACAAAUAUAUAUUUAUUAAAGUUUCACCAAUGAAACAAUGUGCAUGUACAAAAUUUUAAUCUUCCAAAUAUAAGAUGAUUAAAUAUUUAUUCCAAUCUCUCAA